CUUGGUCACUAGUGCUUUGAACUGCUGCUUGUGUUAGAACACAGAAAUGGCUUGUGGAGUUCAUUUGGGGAUCUUGCUGAUUUGCUUAGUUCAAGCAGAGCAUGUGCGUUGUUUGUGGGCUACACAAGCUCGAGGACAAAACAGCAACACAUAUGUUGGCUUCUCGCAGCAGAGGGGUGGACCUGGUGGCAGCUAUCCCCAGAAUGAACUCAGACAGGCCUCUGGUUCUCCUGGCUCCACCCAGAGCAGUAGCUUCAACACAGACCCUGACGUUAGCAGUGGUUAUAGCCAGAGGUUUCCCAGUAGCCGCUACACACAAGCUGUUUCACGGCCAGCUAAAAGUGGCUUUGCUUCAGUCAAGUUGGCGCAGAGCAGCUCUGAGUCAAAGCCUAACUGGAGAACGACCACAUUGAAUCAGGAACAUGUGCAGAAGAUGCCCAAAAAGAAGCCGUUUGCCUUUUCUGGUUCUAUUGCUGGUGGCAGUUCACUCAGCAAGUACCAUCAAACUCCGGUUAGCAAGAAGAGAACUGGACCAGGUCAGCAGGGUUCACCAGGUACUAGCCACUCUCGGUCCAGCGGUUCUGCAUCUCUUCAGAGUCCUAGAGAAAGCUUCAAGUCUUCAGCUGUUUCUGAAACGCCAGCCUCCUCUGGGAGGAACAGUUAUUCUACGGAGUCUUCCAGCCUAUCGAGUGCUGCUGCGUCACUAAGAAUCCCAGUUCGGACCAAGACCUCAGCCAGUGCUGCUGCUAGAAGAGUGUCUUCACGUCGUAGCUCUGUAGGCUCUAAACCUAGAAACAACCCCAGCCAGACUCUGGUUCCUAUGAAUGUCCCUAACCCCCUUUCCUCCAGGACCAGCAGUACGGGGACCUCUGGUCAGGGGUUCGCUCCGUCCAGAAACCACAACAUCCCUCAGCGCUUUGGUGGCUUCGCUAUCAGACGGCUGAAGGAACCUGCUGACCAGAAGGAAGUGAGUGUCAGGAAGCCACAGCAGGCCUACGUGGCCCCCCAGAGGCCCCUUGUGCCUCCUCACCAGCAGACCUACGUGGCCCCCCAGAGGCCCCUUGUGCCUCCUCACCAGCAGGCUUACGUGGCCCCCCAGAGACCCCUUGCACCUCCGAAGUGGACCUACGUGGCCCCCCAGAAACUCCUUGCCCUGCAGCAUCAGGCCUACGUGGCUCCCCAGCGACCCCUUGCACCUCCGAAGUGGACCUACGUGGCCCCCCAGAAGCCCCUUGCCCUGCAGCAUCAGGCCUACGUGGCUCCCCAGCGACCCCUUGCACCUCCGAAGUGGACCUACGUGGCCCCCCAGCGGCUUCUGCGUCUUACAAGCCACAGGUCCUGAGUGUCCGUCCGGGGGCCAGUUGGAAGAGGAUCAGGCCCCGUGAGGGACAGUAGAGGGUGCAGCAGGUGUCCCGGGAUGAAUGAUUUGUGUUUUUGAAUAAAAAUAUAUUUAAUUUUU